AUGCAGAUUGGGUACGCCUUUUCUACUCCGCCUGGUUACCAUACUGUUACACAUAAUAAUGUUCGUUGUAACACAAUGAGACUUUUAAAAUAACGUACCUAAUAUUGUUAAAGGUGCAAGCAGCAUGGAAGACGGUAAAGGUGUUUCAGUUGUGCUUUUAUCUAAUGCCAGAGUAGUGCUCGCUACGACAGAUGAAAAAUAGCCUCCUUGUAAGCUGCUUGGAGAAAUAGCUGACGAUGACAACAGGAAGGAAGACACUGAGGGCAAUACGGAUGUACCUUGCUCCAAAGACCAGCUCGAACUCAUUGCGACAGGUGAAGAUUCACUUUUGGGUGGACGGCUUGAACGAACAACUGAUUUUGACACAACAGUCAACGAUGACACCAGCUUAGACGACACCAACGGCAAUUCGGGUGUGCCUAGUUCUUUUGCCAUACCAGAGCUCAGUGCCACAAAUGACGAACUACUUAUGGCCAAUUUAUUUGAAAGACAGAAGACAGUGAAGGUACUGCGGCUGUAUUUUGGCCUGCCACAUUCGAAUUCCCUGCAACAUCGAGGACACUACUCGCCUUCGUGCUUGAAUGGUCUGAGGAUAACACUGCAGCAGAUGUCAUCAACACCCAGGUGCAUGUAG